UCGGCUUACGGCCAUUUUGUAGAAAUCGAUGACAGGGAAAACAAUAGUCUAAGAAGAGCGAAAAGGUGAAACGACGUUAAGAAUCAACGUUCUGGAAUAACAUUCACUACCGAAAAAUAGAAAAAAAAAGGAAAAACGAACAUAGUAAAGAAGAGGGGAAAACGAUAAGUGAUAUCUGUGUUAGGGAUCGAGGUGACUGGAUGAUGGUUGAUUCUUCACUAUGGUUCUUAAGAGGCUCAUUAGCUGUCUGCUUAAUAGUUCUUGUACAAGUAACGAAUAGCGAAGAAAUAUUCACCAAUAAUUUCAUUGUAGAGCUGCGUGAUGACGUCACCGAUCUACCUCAAUCUAUUGCUAAAAAACAUGGAUUUUCCUAUCAAGGAAGGGUUUUGAAUAAAAGAAAUGUAUAUCACUUCACUCAUAAUGAUGUUCCAAUCAACCGGGUAAGAAGAAGUGCUGACGUCAGCGAGCCACUUGAGAGCCAUCCGAUGGUCAAAAGUGUUGUUCAGCUGACUGGAUUCAAGCGAACGAAGCGAGGAUUUGUCGACUUCCUAGAUAACAAAUUUGAAAGGCAAUCUUCCAAAAGCGUUAUACCAACGCCAAAAUCGGAACUACCAUUUAAUGAUCCCCUGUUUAAAAAACAGUGGUUUCUUCUAAAUGACGGUCAAGCUGAUGGCAAACCAGGUCUGGAUCUAAACGUGCUGGAGGCAUGGGAUCGCGGCCAUUUUGGAGAAGGCAUAACUAUAGCCAUCAUGGACGAUGGUAUCGACUACCUCCAUCCAGACAUUGCACCCAACUAUAACGCAGAGGCUAGUUACGAUUUUAGUAACGAUGAUCCAUUCCCAUAUCCCCGUUACACUAACGACUGGUUCAAUAGCCAUGGAACCCGUUGUGCAGGAGAGGUCUCGGCGGUUGCAGAUAACGGCAUAUGCGGUGUCGGUGUGGCAUACAAAUCAAAGGUUGCAGGUAUUCGUAUGUUGGAUCAACCGUAUAUGACUGAUUUAAUCGAAGCAUCAUCAAUGAGUUUCAAGCCACAGAUGAUUGACAUAUAUAGUGCUAGUUGGGGUCCACAAGAUGACGGAAGAACCGUCGACGGUCCCCGAGACUUGACUCUAGACGCCAUUGCUGACGGCGUCAACAAAGGGCGCGAUGGAAAGGGCAGCAUCUUUGUGUGGGCGUCCGGUGACGGAGGACCGGACGACGAUUGCAAUUGUGACGGAUACGCUUCUAGUAUGUGGACGAUCUCUAUCAAUUCGGCUAUAAACGAUGGUCGGACUGCCCUCUACGAUGAAUCAUGUUCCUCAACAUUGGCCUCUACUUUCAGCAACGGACGCAAUAGGCACCCUGAGGCAGGCGUGGCAACAACUGAUCUGUAUGGAAACUGCACAUUGUCUCACUCUGGAACAUCAGCCGCAGCGCCUGAAGCAGCGGGUGUCUUCGCUCUUGCAUUGUCAGCAAAUCGAAACUUGACAUGGCGUGACUUACAACAUUUGACUGUGUUGUCAUCUGACCGAAAGCAACUGUACGAUGAAGUGUACCAGUGGCAAUGUAAUGGCGUGGGACUUCAGUUCAAUCAUCUUUUUGGCUUCGGAGUCCUUGAUGCCGGGAAGAUGGUCAAAAUGGCGGAAACAUGGAAAACGGUGCCUGAACGAUUUCACUGCACCGGCGCUUCAUACAACGGGAAAAGUGAAAUCCCAAAUAUACGUGACGGCCCUCUAGUUCUGUCACUUACGACCGACGGCUGCAAAGAUCAGGAGAACGCCAUUAACUAUUUGGAACACGUCCAGGCUAUAAUAACAUUAAACUCUUCUCGCCGAGGAGACGUCGUCAUUAAUCUGAUCUCACCAAUGGGAACGAAGAGCAUGCUUCUUAGCACUAGACCACGUGACGAUGACAAUAUUGUCGGCUUUCAGAGCUGGCCUUUCAUGACGACUCACACGUGGGGAGAAGAUCCUAUAGGUGAGUGGACACUGGAAAUAUCGAUGAACGGCAAUCCAAUCCAACAUGGAACACUCAUAGCAUGGACUUUGGUUUUGCACGGCACCAGGGAGGCUCCUUACAUCGAUGAAGCAAAGGCAAAAUCCACCUGCAAGAAUGUCGAUAAAGAUUCAACAGAAGUAGCAGACGCUGGAGAAACCAAUGAUGACAACGCCUUAACUAAGAAAGAAAUUCCGGAUGAUUUACCAGCUUCAGACGCUAAAAUCAAAUCAGACGACAUCAAGAACCAUCUGUUUUAUGAUGAACUGGAGAAUAUCGACUCGUCGUACAUCACAGUCGACGACAGUGAAUCAUUUGAUGAAUUCUCAUACAUGAGUCGAUAUCCCGUCAACCUCGACUCAGAGGAGUCUUUGGACGAGACGGUGGAACUGCCAGAAAAUGAACUAUGGGAAGAUGACGAAGAGUUGAAAGAGAUCAUUCGUGAUAUCUUAAACCAGAAUGAGUGGCAUACGCUAAAUCACCGGGGCCGUUCACGUCCGUACUAUAGGAUAUGACUUGAAAAUUAUAUUUCUUUUAUGUAAUUCCUCUACCUUGAAUUUUACAAUUGAUCCGUUAUCACAUGUCAGGUCUGCAUGCAAAUAACUAAUUAUCAUCUAAUUACCAAUACCAUAAUGAUCCAUUUUCAAGCCCGGAUUUUUAAUCUAGGGUACAAUAGGCCUAUACAAUUUCUGAGACCCAGCAGACAAUGUUUGCCGUUUGAUCAGACGUCGGUAAUCCGACUUCAAAUCAACAUUGUAAACCCUGGCACACACUGCGUCGUACGACGGGUCAUACGACCGUCAGCUGACGAAUCAAUCCGCUCUCCAUGCUUGCUUGAAGAUGCAACGCCGUCUGCUGGUUAUCGAGGCAGAAUGAGCGAUUUGUCCUUGCAUACUUUCCCUUGCGCGCGCCUCUCGUCGCGUUGCGUUCCAUAUCGAAUCACAUGGUGCAGUGUGAGCCGGGCUUAAGACACACGAUUGGUUUGAUCUCACACAAAAUCUAUCAAACCAAGAUAAAAACACUACCCAACAAAAUGUGGUGCCUGAGUGGGUGGGGUAAAUCGUCUUAAUGUUUACGUGUUCUUUGCUCAUUCGUCAGAUAUUUUAAUGAGAUAUAUUUUUGUUAGAAAUAAAGUUCGGGAAAUCUGUGAAAUAAUCUUAAAGAUUACCAUAUCAAGGCUAGGUUUAAUGUGCGAAUAUAAUUAGUGAUACAUAUUAUCUGUUAAUAUAAUUUAUUGCCUUUGGGCUAAUUUAUAGUGGUGUGUUGAUAUGUAUAUAUUAUACAAAAUAUAAUAUAUCCGCAGUGAUGUAAUUUCAGAGAAUAUUGUAUAUUGUUAAAAGUGUUAAGCUUUGAGGUAGUCGGUGGUGUGCAUUGAUCAGAUUUAGAUCAGUAUUAUCUGUAAUCUGUUUUUAUUGUUUUAUUCAGAUUAAACUGCAUUGAAAAAAAA